CUUAAAGUAUAGCUGCAGUAUUUUACUAUUUAAACAAGCAUGUCAUGUUCUUUAAAAUAUAAACAUACUGGCAGUAUUUUCAUUUAAGUUUGACACCAAAUAGACUACGGCAUUGAAACGUGAUAUAAAGGGAAAAUACAUGUAUUAGACUCAAACCUUCGGAUAAAAAUAAAUACGAUAAAGUGAAUUCAAGAUGGAUGACAAUAUCAUCCUUGUACUUGUUUCAGUAGCCAUACAAUUUAUUUGCCUCAUAAGAAGUAAAAUCACUUUAGCAGUGAUUUUAACAUACCCAAUGGGAUAUUUAACAUUCACAUGUACGUCGAUGUGUUUACUAGGAUUGGCAUUAACAUUUCCACAAAGGAUUAAUAGACUGACUUCCCAGUCUGUUGAUUGGUGGAAUGGUUACAAACCACUGGCUUGGACAUUGAGUGGAACAGAAAGAAACCACCUUGCUGACUUUAUACACAAAGUAUAUUCUAGGGCAUCAAUAUAUCGAAACUACACCAAAUAUCAGAUAAAUAAACACCAGGUGUUUGUUGAAGAAUUCAUACAUGAUCUGUGCACCAAACUGGGAGAACAAUAUCCUGCGUUUAAAGUUGACAUUCUUAAUACUGGGAGCUUUUAUGAUGGAACAAAAGUCGGUAAACCAGAUGAAUUUGAAGCAGCAGAUGAUAUGAGUGAUACAAAGGUUUCAAUUAACGAUAAACUAUUUGUACAGACAGUAAAUAAGCUAACAGCAAAAUCUGAAAUAAAUGAGGAUGAAAUUGAUUUUCACAACAGAAAAAUUGGAGUUAUGACUGAAGUUGUAAUCAUCUUAUUAGGCUUAAUGUUAAAGCUCCCGAUAGUUUGGACAGAAUUUCAGUUUUUUAUUGUAUUUUGUAUUGUGUUCAUCGUACAAUUUGAGCUAACUCUCCUCUUGAUAUUCCUUGUAUGCUGUAAGGUGGCCUAUGACAUCAUAAAGUAUUCACCAUCCCCAAGCAACAUAAGGAGAGCUCUCUUAGAAGCAGUGAGUGAAUGUAUUAACAAUGAUGAUAACAUUCCCCAGUACUUAGAUGAUUCUUUUAGUGAAAAUCAAAGAAUAACUUUAAAUGGUCCAUGUGUAACUUUGAAAAUCAAAGGACCAAUCUGCCCAGCUUCAAUCGAUCUUGGUUUCUGCUUUGAAAAACAGAGUUCAUCAAAUGAAGAUGAUGUUAAAUGUUUGGUGCUUCCCUAUCCACGCCUACUCAGACAUAUUCCCGCAAAUGGAUGGACGCUGACACGUUAUAAACAUAAUUACAAAGGAAUGCUGACACCAGGACACAAACGAAUCUUGAUGGUGUUAAAAUUCAUUGCUAACGAAUGUAUUAACUCACACUUGUUAAAAACAUUCGUCCUUCUACAUCAAAGAAAAUGUGAAACAUGUGACAAUCCUAGCGACUGGAAUGCCUUGGCAGGAUGUCUCAAUGAUAUCACCCAGUUGAUGUUUGAGUGCUACGAAACCAAAGAAAAUAACAAACAAGUUUCAAUAUUAUAUGUAUCAUAUAAGUCAAUUAAAGAUAUGGAUUUUCCUCAGGUGAACGUUCUUCCAGGGUUUGAACACUACCUUUGGUACAAGACCAAAGAAAAGGAAGUCACCUUUUACCUGUGUAUGUAUCUCAUAGCUCGGCAUAUAAACUUUAUCAUGAAAAUGUCAAAAGUGUCAACCUUUAAUGCUGGCACAAUCCUUGGCAAGCUUAAGUUCACAUUGAAAAGCAUACCUCCGCAUUAUGUAUUCUCAAAACAAGAACUUCAAAGUGUAAUUAAUGAGUUGAAUGUACUGUAAUGAGAAAGUGUACAGGAAUAAGUGUACUGUAGUGAGAGAGUGUAUUGUGAUAAGUAAAGUGUACUGUAAUGAAAGGGUAUUGUGCAAGGGUACAGUACAGCUACAUGUACACCCAUACAGUCAGAUCUCUGAACAUUAUAUAUAAAUAUAUGUACAGUAAAACCUGUCUAAUCUGCAUGCCUAAUUGGGUCCAGCUCAUACUGUUUAGAUUAAGAGGUGUUCACAUUUCAAGGAAGGAAAAACAGAACCAGAGAAGUGUUCAAAUGGGAGGUGUUUAGAUUAAAGAGCUGCUCAGAUAUACAGGUUUUACUGUAAUGUUGAGUAAUGUUUCAUAAAAAUGCAAGAAAUACUAGCACUUUGUACCUUACCUGCAUUUAUAUCAGGGUUGCAGUAUCUUUCUGUAGAACAGUAUAACACAGCAUAUCCCAACUCUGAAUCUGGUAUAGGUCUCCUCUUGUGACUACAAAGACAAAGUGUUUAUAUGAAAU